CUGAGGCUCAAAAGCCAAGAAUGGAUGGGAAGAAUGCUGGUUCUCCACAAAAACAAGUUAUCUUCAAAAAAAGCACCCGUGACAAAGCUGUGAGUACCGUAAGAAGGGGUUUAUUUAGGUAUGAGUUUCACCUGUAGUGAGACUGGAGAUUAAAUAGAAAACUCUUUCCUGUCGCCUUCAUUUUUUCCUGAAGAAGAACCAUGAACCGUAAUUAGCACUAAGUUUGAGGAGAUGAUGUAAACAAUUCUUAGGGCAAACUUCUAAUGUUAUAAUAAUACAAGAGGAAGGCAGCUCACCUCACCCCCCUCCUGGGCUGUACUCCUGCUGGUAGAUGUUUAAAACAUCUUUCCAACCUGAUGGCACCAAAAAUCUUUGAAUCUACAGUUCUUGGUCCCGUGCACAAGUAUUUGUGUUGUACUUUUGGGAGUUGGUCUAGAUCAGGUCUUCAGUUCUGAUGUCUGGAAGCAUGUGGAUAAUCCUGGUGAGUCCAGGUGGAUAAUCCUAUGGGGAUUGCAUGUUUGCUGGAAAAAAAUAAUUACUCCAUUUAAAAUGGAAUUGUUCUCAUCUCUGCAAGAUUUACAGCUCUCUGAUGCGUGUGUGUCCCCCUUCCCUCAACACACAGUCACAAACAUUCUGUAGUUCAACCAUGGUCAUCUCCUCCCCACAGCUGACAAUCUACCUGGGAAAGCGGGACUUCAUUGACAACAUUGGGAACGUGGAACCUGUGGAUGGUGUUGUAUUGGUGGAUCCUGCUCUUAUCAAGGGGAAAAAAGUGUACGUGUCCCUCACCUGUGCUUUCCGGUACGGCCAGGAGGACAUCGAUGUGAUGGGCCUCACCUUCCGACGGGACCUGUUCUUCUCCAGGCUCCAAGUGUUCCCUCCUGCUGACAAGCCAGAGCCCCUUACUCACUUGCAGGAAUCUCUGCUAAAGAAGCUGGGGAAAAAUGCUUAUCCCUUUUUCUUUACAUUUCCAGAUUACCUGCCUUGCUCAGUCUGUCUGCAGCCUGCACCUCGUGAUGUUGAUAAGACCUGUGGGGUGGACUUUGAGGUAAAAGCUUUCUCAACAGAGAAUGUGGAAGAGAGAAUUCAUAAGAGGAACUCUGCUCGUCUGCUGAUCCGCAAGGUGCAGUACGCUCCGGAGGAGCCGGGACCCCAGCCCUGUGCAGAGACCACCUGGCAGUUCUUCAUGUCCAGCAAGCCCCUCCAGCUGAAAGCUUCCCUCAGCAAAGAGGUGUACUACCAUGGCGAGCCCAUUCCAGUCACUGUCACCAUCAACAACAGCACGGAGAAAACAGUGAAGAAGAUCAAAGUCCAGGUGGAGCAGGUUGCCAAUGUGGUGCUGUACUCCAGUGACUACUAUACCAAAGUGGUGGCUACUGAGGAAGCACAGGAGAAGGUGCAACCCAACAGCAGCCUGACCAAGACACUGACACUUUUGCCCUUGCUUGCAAAUAACCGGGAGACGCGGGAAAUAGCUCUGGAUGGAAAACUAAAGGAUGAGGACACCAACUUGGCUUCUAGUACUAUCAUUAAGGAUGGAAUAGACAAGACAGUGAUGGGGAUCCUGGUUUCCUACAAGGUCAAGGUGAAGCUCACUGUUCCAGGCAUGCUGGGAGACCUCACCUCCAGUGAAGUGGGCACAGAGCUGCCGUUCCGUCUCAUGCACCCCAAACCUGAGGAAAGGAGCCCAGCAGGGAAGGAUGGUGAAGCAGAGCUGGUAUUUGAGGAGUUUGCUCGUCAGCAGCUAAAAAAUACACCUGAUGAAGAGGACAAGAAUUCGCCCUCAACUGAUGAGUGACUAAAAGAACAAGCUGCCAGAGGAGCUGCGUAGUCAGACUUCAAUUAGGAAUUUAGGACCUGAGUUUCUAGUAAACUGCAUGUUUUCAAUGCACACGUGGUCAUGCAGGGAUCAGCCCUGAGAUCAGUGGACACAACAUCAUGGAUCUCUACUGCUUAUUACAAGCUUCACCUCUGGGAGAAUGUGGCAAACACAGCCCCUGGUGCUUACUCGAGCUACCAGAGGAGGACGGGAAGGCUGCCAUGUCAUGACUUCUGCUUUCAGGGCUGCCUAAUGAAAAGGUUGGUUGCUUUCAGAACUGGCAAGAGUUAAAUGAGGGUUUGUGCAGCCUGCCUGGACUUCCUCGGUGUUAGAAUCUGUGACUUUGCAGUGCCAGUGACCCAAGUCCCAGCCUGGAAGGCUGGCUCGCAGCCCUGAGUGAUUCACUGAAGUUUCUCAGCAGACUAUACAAAACUGAUUUUAUUUCCUUUUGGUUGCUUUUGUGUUUAUGCUUUACCACAUUCAUCCAGUGCAUGAUUUCAGUGCUUGGACUGUCCCCGUGUGGAUAACAACCCCUUUCUGUACCAUUAAAUGUCCUGCAAGUCGUCUCCCUCAGCAGAUAUAAGGCUGAUACACAGUAUUUGCUUUCUAGCAUUAUGCUGUACAACCACAUUGUUAAAGAUGAGAUAAUGUGCACUGUCCAGGAAUUCCUUAACAAAGCUCCCUGUAUGCAACCCCAAAGAGAGAACUGCCAGUCCAGGCUGAUCCUGUAUUUAAUAGAGUUUCCUGCAGGCAACACUGCUUCAAAAGAGAGUGCAGGAAAAUUAAGGAGGAAAUUAUGAGGCAGCCUUCCCUGAGAAGCCUUUUCCAAAAUGCAUCUGCCAGAGGUUGGUUUAUGCUCUAAGAAAUGAGACUGUAUUCUGCAAACUGUUGUUGAUCUGGAUAUUCACAUUAUUUAUGUAAAUGUCUGAUCCCUUCCUGAAUCUCACUUAGGUUUUAGCUGAAGUGAGUUGCAUCAGCUAAUUACAUUUUGCAUGUAAAACAACUGGUGUUUUCUUUUUCUCAUUUUUGCUUUAAAUCUGCUUUUCAGUGUCCCGGGUUUAAAUUCUCCUGAAAAGUCUGCAUGCAGGGCCUAAAUUUAUUAAUAUAAACUUAUCUUUCCCACCCUA